UCGUCGUGUCCUGUAUCGUGGAUUUUUUCGUGUCUCGCCAAGAGAUCUCUCCUUCGAAAGGAUAUGUCACAUACUGCACACGUAUGUCGCCUCCCAGACUCGUGGUUGUGCGCGUGACGCGUCAGGGAGCUCUGAGUGGCAUACGACUUGUGGCAGGUGCCGCACUCGAACAUAGCUAGGACGUGAUUUCCGCAGGACACCGGUCACUCGACUUGGAGUCUGCCCGCCAGAGAGGAGCAAAGGAAAAGUCUAGAGUGGCAUCGCACGGAGUACCCCAUACUUCCCCAGACCUCGGAUAACCCCUUAUCUGAGACAAUAUACUUUCUGGUGUUUCUCAUGCCACUUUAUCCGAAGCUUGUCUCCAGGUUGAUGCGCAAAUAGAUCAUGCUGUGAUGGCUCUGGUCGCUAUUGUAUAUCUCGAGAGCAGAGCCGGGGUACGACAACCAAAGCAAUCUUGAACACAAUCACUAUCUUUAUCACAUUCCAAGCUCAACCAUGGGAAAGUCAGCAUUUAUCACGGGUGCGAAUGGCAUUAGCGGUAGUGCGAUCCUGGAGUACCUUGUCGCAAACACUACCUCUGAGCAAUGGAGCGAGAUCAUUGUAACUUCCAGGAGCCCCUUCAAGACCACCGUCUCGGACCCCCGCAUACGGUUUAUCGCACUGGACUUCACCGAGGACUCAUCUAAACUCGCCGAGAAGAUGCGCGAUGUGUGCAAAUCUGUUACUCAUGCGUACUUUUGUUCCUACAUUCACAAGGAGACCUUUGAAGAGCUCAACCCUGCAAACAGAAGUCUUUUCGAGAAUUUUUUGGACUCUCUGAUUGAGGUUGCCUCAGGACUGGAAAACGUCACUCUCCAGACAGGAGGCAAGCACUACAAUGUCCACCUGCACCCAGUCGCGUCACCUGCUCGUGAAGAGGACCCUCGAGUCAAGGAGACUAUCGACAACUUUUACUACCCACAAGAAGACCACCUCAUCGCACGACAAAGGGGUAGCAAGUGGGUGUGGAAUGUGAUCCGUCCUGAAGCAAUCAUUGGGUCUACUCAGAAGCCCAAUGGUAUGAAUGAAGCUCUCACUCUGGCUCUCUACUUCUCAAUCUGCAAGGAACUGGGCACCGAUGCCCCUAUGCCGACCAAUCAACGCUACUGGGGCGGCGUGGAUGAUGUUUCCUACGCGCCACUUAUUGCAGAUCUUACCAUCUUCGUAUCUACCAACCCUCGAUGCGGAAACGAAGCGUUCAAUGUAACGAACGGAGACUACUUCACCUGGCGGUACAUGUGGCCCCGCCUAGCUGCCUACUUUGGCGUCAAUGCCACUUCCGAUCAGGUGUUCCAGAAAGAGGUUCCCAAGGAGGGAGACAUCCAGCUGGAUUUUACUCUAGCUGAUUGGUCAUCAGACAAGAAAGAGGUGUGGAACAAGCUGUGUGACAAGAAGGGCGUGCCAGGCGCAAAGGACACUUUCGAAUUCGGCACUUGGCAGUUCCAGGACUGGGUCUUCCAACGUACUUGGAGCGCUACCCUGAGUGUCAACAAGGCGCGUAAAUUUGGAUGGAAUGGUCACAUCGAUUCUUACAAGAGUUUCACCGAAACCUUUGACAGAUUCAGAUCCUUUGGUAUGAUACCGUGAGGGGCGAUUUGGUCUCGCGUAGCUAGAAUAUGCGGUUGGGCAUGGAAACAAUCUUGUACGAAAUCACGCUGUAUCUGGUGGGUAAUUGGGAACAGCGUGCUUUUCUAUUUUCUUCUUGUAUUAUAGCAGAAAAGGACUUAUCAUCUCACACUAGUCCAGCAUCUGCCUGUUCGCUCGAGCGUCGGCGUGUCAGUUAAUGAGCACGAAAUGACAAACCAUAGCGGCCUAG